AUGGAUCCACAAACUUUCAUGGAAGUCGCCACAGUUGUGACGAAACUGAAAAUGUAUCCAUAUUUCGACAUAGCACAUUAUUUAUUGAUGUGUAUUUCAGUGCGAGAUGAUAUGCCCCAACCUCAAGGGACACCACCCUUCUGGAGAAAACAUCCUCUAUCAACGUGGGUCUCUUCAAUGUUGAUAUGUUUUGCUGGAGGUAUUAUAGCUAACUUACUACUGGGUGAACCGUUAAUAGCACCUUUGAAAGAUCAUCGUAGCAUUUUAACUGCUACUAUUGUUUGGUAUUUUGUAUUUUAUUCCCCAUUUGACCUGGUCUAUAAACUCACCAAGUUAUUACCUUUCAAGGUACCUAUUUCAAUGUUAAAAGAGUGUCAGAGAGCACAUAAAGUCUACCAUGCUGUGAUCCACACAGCUAAAAUCUACCCCAAUUCUUACCUAGUUAUUAUACUGAUUGGAACCAUUAAAGGUGCUGGCAGUGGUUUGAUGAAGAAUUUUGAAAGAUUGGUGAGAGGUGUUUGGGUCCCAGGAUCUAAUGAAAUCUUACAACCAACAUAUGCAAGUAAAGCUGUUUGUUUGUCUGCUAUAGUGUUUUUACUGGAAAGAUUAAACUAUAUCACAGUACCACAUCCUGUUGUUUACUUCGGUGUUGUUAUAUUCUUUGUUUAUUUCAAACUUUCCUCAAUUAUCCUGGGAAUCCAUGAUCCUUUUGCACCAUUCGAGAACCUGUUCUGUGCUGUUUUUAUGGGAGGAAUGUGGGAUGCCAUGAAGAGAGCUGCUAAUCGUGAACCCAAGAAAGAAGAAAAAGAAGGAGACAUUAGAAAUGAUGUCAUGACAAAGAGCAAAGAAGAAAAGAAAAAGGAUUAA